AUGUUCUACUUCCACUGCCCCCCGCAGCUAGAGGGCGCUGCCCCCUUUGGAGGUCACUCCGCCGGCGACUUCGAUGACGGGUUCCUGCGGAGGAAGCAGCGCCGCAACCGCACCACCUUCACCUUGCAGCAGCUCGAGGCCCUGGAAGCUGUUUUUGCUCAAACCCACUACCCAGAUGUGUUCACUCGUGAAGAGCUGGCUCUGAAAAUCAACCUCACAGAGGCCAGGGUGCAGGUGUGGUUCCAAAAUCGGAGGGCUAAAUGGAGAAAAACAGAGAGGGGUGCUUCAGACCAAGAGGGCUCUAAGGAAACCAUGGCUGAGGUGGCACCUCCUGCAAGGAAUUUAAAUUCCCCUUCUCCAGCAGAUCAAACCAGGAAUAAAAAAGAGGGUCUGGAGAUCCAGCAAAGCCUGAGUCGAGCAGUGGGUCCUACAGGACCUUUCUUCCCUUCCUGCCUGCCAGGGACUCUUCUCAACACAGCCACCUAUGCACAAGCUUUAUCCCACGUCGCCUCUCUAAAAGGGAGCCCUCUGUGCUCGUGCUGCGUUCCCGACGCCGUGGGCCUGUCCUUCCUGCCGCCCUACGGCUGCCAGAGCACGCGCACGGCCAGCGUGGCCGCGCUGCGCAUGAAGGCGCGCGAGCACUCGGAGGCCGUGCUGCAGUCCGCCAACCUGCUGCCCGCCGCCGGCAGCCCCCCGCCCAACAAGGAGCAGCCGUCUUCUCCAGCCCAGGAGCACGUGGAAGGGGAGAAGAGUGUAUGAGCCCGGGCAGAGCGGGGACCCAGAACUGCGGCACGGCCCUGAGCCUGGGCGGAGCGGGGACCCAGAACUGCAGCACGGCCCGGGCAGAGAGGGGACCCAGAACUGCAGCACAGCCCUCAUGUGUGCCCGUAUGGGCCUGGGCAGAGCGGGGACCCAGAACUGUGGUGUGACCCUCACGGGUGCCUGUAUGAGCCCGGGCAGAGCAGGGACCCAGAACUGCAGCGUGGCCCUCACGGGUGUCUGUAUGAGCCCGGGCAGAGCAGGGACCCAGAGCUGCGGUGUGGCCCUCAGGGGUGCCCGUAUGGGCCCGGGCGGAGCAGGGACCCAGAACUGCAGCGCGGCCCUGAGCCCGGGCAGAGCGGGGACCCAGAACUGCGGCACGGCCCUCAGGGGUGCCAGGGACCCGCGCGGCUCAGCGGCCUCUUGGCUCCUUCCUGCACCCUCGCUUUUCUUGUGUCGCUGUCGGUUCGUUGCCCUGAUUUAUCAGCGCUAUGUGUUUGGAAACGUUGGUGAAACUGUUUUUAUCCCCUCCCUGCCUCAUACAUCCCAGAGACACCUUUCAAGGCCCAGGAUCCUGGCUCGCUCCUGUGCAUCUCCACUUCCCAUCCUGCGUGAAAUGGAUGGCUGGAAGCAGCAUGUCGCCUCCAGACGUGAGUUCUGGGGCAAGAGAUCCACCCAGGCACCAGUUGCUCCAACACUCACAACGGAGGGGAAGGUAUAUCCCAAUUCGGCCUGCUGUUUCCUGAAGGCAUUUGACUUCGACCAAACCUAUCCCAGGCAAUCCAGGUGUAAGAGAAGCAGAAAAUAGAACAAAACUUUUCAUAACUUUUUUCUUUUUUUUCCCCUUUUCUCUGGAAGUGAAGCUUCCCAUGGAGUAGAUUACUGGGAAACUGCUGAGAUAAAUUUACUUGUGACUAAAAUCCUCGCACUAGCUUCUGUGUGAACAUUACUCUUGCCAUUCCCUGGGUUAGACAUGAAAGACACAUGACUUCAGAGUGGCAUUCAGUAAUGCUGGUAUUGAAUGGAGAGUGAAUUGUCUCUAGAUUUGCACAAAGCUGGGGGUAUUUUGACAUCACUAUCUUGGAAAAAGAGACUGGAAGACAAAAAUAAUCUUUCAUUGCAAGACUGCAAAUAUGUUUUUCCAUGUUUUAUGUUUAAUAAAGAGGAAAUAA